ACGGAUUCUCCCAUCUCUCCAGAAACAAAAGCCCCGCCACAUUCAUCCCUUUACCUCUCUGACUCGCGACUCGCGAUCUCCAUCUCCACCCUCCCGUCCCUACUCCAAUCCGACGGCCGCCAGCACCAAAACCCGUUUCCCAUCCCGCCGACCUCCCCCUGCUCCUCCUCUACUCUGCGUUUCCGCCUCCAUUCCCGACAGCCGCCGCCCGUCAGACCCGAUUUUCAUCCCGUCAUCCUCCCACUGCUCUUUCUCUGCUCUGCGCCUCCGACUCCUUUCCCGCCGCCCGCCCCGCCCCGCCCCGCCCCGCCGCCCUCUCCCUGCUCCUCUGCUCCGCCACCCUUCGACGCCUGACGGUCGACAUUCCCGCCAUUCCCACCUGCUCCUUCGCGGCUCCGCCUCCUGUCGACGAGUUAAAAACUUGAACGAGCUGUCACAGCUCAAGUCGGGGAAAGGAAGUCACCCACUUCUGCUCGUUGGGUGGUACUGGUAAGGAAACAUUUGUGUUGCAGGUUUGUUGACCAGUCUGGUUUUGAAAACAUAGGAGCGGGAGCAAGCUACCCUCUGGUAUUUUCUAUUUGUCGCUUGUGCUCUUUGUCAACCUCGUAAUCAAGGACCAGCAGAAGAAGAUGAAAGUAAAAGUAAUAUCACGCUCUACUGAUGAGUUUACUCGAGAAAGAAGCCAAGAUCUUCAGAGAGUGUUCCGCAAUUUCGACCCCAAACUUCGGCCUCAAGAGAAAGCAGUUGAAUAUGUCAGGGCACUUAAUGCUGCCAAGUUAGAGAAGAUCUUUGCAAGACCAUUUAUAGGAGCAAUGGAUGGUCACAUAGAUGCUAUUUCGUGUAUGGCGAAGAACCCCAAUUUCUUGAAAGGGAUUUUUUCCGGCUCUAUGGAUGGUGAUAUUCGCCUCUGGGAUAUAGCUUCCAGGAAAACAGUUUGUCAGUUUCCUGGUCACCAAGGUGCUGUAAGAGGCUUAACAGCAUCCACUGAUGGAAGCACCCUAAUAUCUUGUGGAACAGAUUGCACUGUUAGGAUUUGGAGUGUGCCAGUAGCUGCUACCUUGGAAUCAGAUCAUGCCUCUAAUAAGCCCAUCGAGGCCAAUGCAGUUUAUGUUGGAAAGAAUGCUUAUUGGGCCGUAGACCAUCAGUGGGGUGGUGACCUCUUUGCUACAACUGGUGCUCGAGUUGAAAUUUGGAAUCACAACAGGUCGCAGCCCGUAAACACUUUCGAGUGGGGGACAGAUACAGUUAUCUCCGUCCGGUUUAAUCCUGGGGAGCCAAAUCUUUUGGCCACGUCAGCUAGUGAUCGCAGCAUUGCGUUGUAUGACUUGCGCAUGUCAACUCCUGCAAGGAAACUUAUCAUGCAGACAAGAACCAAUUCCAUUGCUUGGAACCCCAUGGAGCCACUCAACUUCACAGCAGCAAAUGAGGAUUGCAGCUGCUAUAGCUAUGAUGCUAGAAAACUGGACGAAGCCAAAUGUGUGCACAAAGAUCAUGUUUCUGCAGUCAUGGACAUAGACUACUCUCCUACUGGCCGGGAGUUUGUAACUGGAUCUUAUGAUAGAACUGUUAGAAUUUUCCCAUAUAACGGUGGCCAUAGUCGGGAAAUCUAUCAUACAAAGAGAAUGCAAAGGGUAUUUUGUGUCAAAUUUAGCAGUGAUGCAAGUUACAUUAUUUCAGGGAGUGAUGACACUAACCUUAGGUUGUGGAAAGCUAAAGCAUCGGAGCAGAUGGGAGUUUUGCUUCCAAGGGAACAGAAAAAGCACGAAUACCAGGAAGCUGUCAAGAAUCGUUAUAAGCAUCUACCUGAAGUCAAAAGGAUAGUGAGACAUAGGCAUUUGCCAAGACCAAUAUACAAAGCUAAGGAGUUGCGCCGCACGGUGAUUGAUGCUGAGAAGAAGAAAGAGGAAAGGAGGAAAGCUCACAGCACCCCAGGGAGCAUCGUUACGGAAUCAGUGCGUAAAAGGAGGAUCAUUAGAGAAGUUGAGUAGUUCGUUCAGUUUUCGACGGGAUAGCGUUGUCGAGUUUGCAGGUUGCAUCGAAACUCUCAAGGCCAUAUGGGUAUCUUAUCAACCAUUCUGGAAGAGCUUUUGAUCAAACUAAGGAUGGGAUAAUGGUUUUGAUCGAUGCAAAUGUACUUGUGUUCUUUGGCGCAUCAAUAUUGUUUCUGUUUUUAUUAAUUAGGUUCUCCAGAACUAGUAAGGAUAAUAUCAUGUUAAGAAGGUUUAAGAUAAUAAUUGGUGGUGGGUCGAUCUCAAAUUGUGGUUCAACCAAUCACUUGACCACCCCAUCUAAUCUGGAUAAUAACCACUUUGUACGAUUUUUUAGUGGAUAAAAUAUCUCGGGUAUCACUUAAGUUUCAGA